AUGAAUUGCUCUGAUCAUCCAUAAAAUCCAAUAACAGUAAUUUGUGUAGCAAAGCAUGAAUGCUAAAGAAAGCUUUGUGCAUAGUGUGCAUAUGAACAUAAUGUUGAGCUUCAAUAACUAUUACCUAUUAUGUUAUUUUAAGAUCAACUCUAAAAGAAGUUUUAAGAAUUUAAACUUGAAGAUAAGAAAUAAUUGGAUUAAUCAAGACUGAGUUUUAAAUCUCUGUUGAGUGAAACUGAAAAAAUGCUAUAAACAUUGUGGGCAAAAUUUUAUUCAUCAAUCAAAAUUAUUUAUGAUAUGAUUGAGCAAUAAGACUAGAAAUAUUUAAAUUUAAUUAAAUUUGAUAUACCCCCUUCAGAAGUAUCAUAUACUUAGCUGGAGCUAAUGGUUAAUAUUUUGUAAGAAGGUAUUUUAAAUAAUUGGAAUUCAUUAAAGUGUUAUUAUUUUAGUGAAUUAGACAAAGCAAAUUCUUAAUUUAAAGAAAAAAUUGAUCAAUUCAUGAAAAUUAUUAAUUCAUAAUUUUCAGGAAUUUUUUGGAGUGAAACAAUUCAAGAAUAUAUAGGUCUAGCAGAAUACAGUGAUAAAUUAACGAAAACCAAGUUUUAAAUUCAAUAUACGAAAAAUAGAGAUAUACUUUAUAUCUAAAAUGAAGAAACUAUUUACAAGUAUUUUCAAAGAUAUAAUAAGUUUUAAACAUAAUGAUUUAUUUACAACACCCAAAAUAUAUACAAAUUUAGAAAUAAUUAAGCAUUUUAAUUGGAUUGGGGAACUAGGAGAAAAAUAUUAAAAAGUUGGAUUAUGGACAGCAACUUGGAAAGGCGAAAGGUUGAUAGGAGUUGGUGGUUGGUAUUGCUAGGAUGGUAAAAAACAAGGGAAGUGGAAAGAAAUCAUCGAAAAUUUUCAUGAGUAUAAAAUAGAUAAUAAUUUUUAGUUAUAAAAAAAUAUUUGAAAUUGGAGAUUACAUUAAUAAUAAAAAGAAAGGCAAAUGGAUCUAUAUUUCUCAAGAUAAAGAAAUGUAUAUAUAAUAAUUAUUAAAAGUGGUGGUGGUGAAUACAAUUAAUAAGGAGAGAAAGAUGGGAAGUGGAUAGAGCUAAGCGAUAACUUUGAGUAAUUUAAAACAUAAGUAACUUAUCAUGGGAAAUAUUAAAAUGGUAAAAAGGUUGGCAGGUGGGAUAUUUUUAAAAGGAAAUGGGGCAGAGUUUUUGGAUCUUAUUAAAAACAAAUGUAAAUAUAUUAAAUAUAUCUUAAAUUAUUCAUUAUCGUAGUGGUGGAGGAUUAUAUGAUGAAAGAGGAUAUGAAAAUAAAAUUGGAAAUUGGAUUGAUAUUAGCAAAACAUUUGGAUACUAUUCUUAAGUAACCUAUUGUGGUGAAUAUAGAAAUGGAAAAAAAAUUGGUAAAUGGGAUACUUAUGACAACUGGAAUACAAACUAUAGGCUGUAAAUAUUAUUAUCAAAAAUAUUGUUUUAUCAACAUUUUAGAGGUGGCGGUUCUUAUGAUGAAGAAGGAAAUGAGGUUAAAUUUGGGAAUUGGAUUGAAUUUGAUGAGUAGAAUACCACCAUAACUUAUGAAGGCGAAUAUAAAAUUGGUAAAAAAGUUGGUAAAUGGGUUACUUGGUGGAGUUGUAAUGGGGAUUUUAAUAUGUAAAUAUGGGAUUUGAUAAAUAUAUUUUAGAGGUGGUGGGUCAUAUGAGGAUGAAGGAAAUGGCAUAAAAAUUGGGAAUUGGAUUGAAAUUAUUGAUGAGUUUGAUAAAUAGCAUAUGACUUAAAAUGGUGAAUAUAAAAAUGGUAAAAAAGUUGGUAGAUGGGAUUUUUUUGUAAAAGAUUUUUAUAAAAAACCAGAUACAAAGAUGUAUUUAAAAAAAUAUAAUUUAGUGGUGGUGGAUUGUAUAAUGAUGAAGGUGAUGAAAUUAAGAUUGGGAACUGGAUUGAAAUUAUUAUUAAUGGGUAUAAUGACUUUUAAAUAACUUCUACUGGUGAAUAUAAACAUGGUAAAAAAGCUGGUAGAUGGGACUUCUGGUUUAACAAAGACUAAAAUAAUUAUAAAAUGUAGAUUUUUGUUUCCUAAGGUAGUGGUGGUGGUUUGUAUGAUGAAAGAGGCGAUGAAAUAAAAAUUGGAAAGUGGAUUGUUAUCAGUAAUCAGCUUUCAAAAGAUAUUUUAGUCACCUAUGAAGGUGAAUAUAAAAACGGGAAAAAAUGUGGUAGAUGGGAUAUUUUGUUCAAUAGAAAAAAAUUGUAAUAAAUUAUUUAAAAGAAUUAUUAGUGGAGGUGGAUCAUAUGAUGCAGGAGAAUUAGGUAUAAAGACAGGAAAUUGGAUUGACUUUGAUGAAACAAGUGGAUAUUUUAAUGAUCAAGGAAUAAAAGUGGAGAAAGGUGAGUAUAAAAAUGGUCAAAAAGUUGGGGUAUGGGUGAAUAUUUUUAAAUGCUUUUUUGAUCAGGAAAAAAUUCGUCCUUUAAAGUAUGUGAAAUAUUAUAAUUGA